AUGAUGCUGGAAAUGUCAGGCCACGUAGGAGGGGCGCUGGCUUCAGAGCAGGCUAUUGGCAGAUGUUCUCCUCUUGGAAUUGCGAUUGGGUUCUUGGUCCCUCCUAUUUUGGUGCCCAACAUCCAAGACCGGGACAAGCUUGCCUACCACAUCAGCAUCAUGUUCUACAUAAUAGGAGGUGUAGCCACUCUGCUUUUCAUCCUGGUCAUCAUUGUAUUCAAGGAGAAGCCUAAACAUCCCCCCAGCAGAGCACAGUCCCUGAGCUAUGCCUUGGCGUCCCCUGAUGCUUCAUACUUAAAUUCCAUCGUCCGGCUCUUCAAAAACCUCAACUUUGUGCUGCUUGUCAUCACCUAUGUUCCUCAGCAGUGCCCAGCCUGGUGUGGAUACUCCACCAGCCAUUGAAUGAGUGAGGGAAUGAAUGCAUACGUGAGUCUUGCCACAGGAACCACUCCUCAGACAUCCUCCUUCAGCUUGUAACAUUGACUCCUUUUUUACCUGAAUGCAAAACCACGUCCUUCUUUCAUUUCAUUUUCUUGGCUUUUGAAUAAAUUUGAAUAUUUAUGCAGGUAUAUUGGCUUACCUUUCCAGUGUGUUGUUUUCUGCAUCUUCUUCCCAACGCUUCAUACGAAUGUUGGAGCAGACAAGGGCAAGGACAGAGCCUCAUGGUAUUCUGUUAAAGAGCAUCUUUACAAAUCCACCCGAAUGUACUACUGUCCAGCCUACAAUUGACCGUUUAAUUUACCAGUAGUUUGAUUAAAAUCAAGAGUUAACAAGUGGGUGAUAUGCUCAGUAACCAUAAUCCAAACAGAAAUGGGAUUGGUUUGACACAA